CCCGCCAUGUCGGCCCCGCGCAGACGCCCCGCGGCCGCGGCCGGGGGGGGCCCCGAGGGGGCGGCCGAGGGGGGAGCCCCCGCCGGAGCCCCCGCGCGCGGCGAUGCGGAGCGGGGCAUGGCGGCCCCGCCGCUCUGCCUGCGCCUGCUGGCCGCCGCCUUCUACGGCCUCAGCUCCUUCCUCAUCGUCGUGCUCAACAAGAGCGUCCUCACCACCUACGGGUUCCCGUCCUCGCUGUGCGUGGGGCUGGGCCAGAUGGUGGCCACGGUGGCCGUGCUCUGGGCGGGGAAGGCGCUGCGGGUGGUCAAGUUCCCUGACCUGGACAGACACAUCCCCCGGCGGACGUUUCCCCUGCCUCUGCUGUACUUCGGGAACCAGAUCACGGGACUGUUCAGCACCAAGAAGCUGAACCUGCCCAUGUUCACGGUGCUCCGGAGGUUUUCCAUCCUCUUCACGAUGUUUGCCGAGGGAUUCCUGCUCAAGAAGAAGUUUUCCUGGAGCAUUCAGAUGACAGUAUUUGCCAUGAUCUUUGGUGCAUUUGUGGCUGCCAGUGCUGACCUGGCAUUCGACCUGGAGGGAUACAUUUUUAUCCUCAUUAACGACGCCUUAACAGCUGCAAACGGUGCCUACGUGAAGCAGAAGCUGGAUUCCAAGGAGCUGGGCAAGUACGGCCUGCUCUACUACAACGCCCUGUUCAUGAUCCUGCCCACCCUGGCCAUCGCCUUCGUCACGGGGGACGCGCACAAGGCAGUGGAGUACCAGGGCUGGGCAGACACCUUCUUCCUCGUGCAGUUCACGCUCUCCUGUGUGAUGGGGUUUAUUUUGAUGUAUUCCACAGUUCUUUGCACUCAGUACAACUCUGCUCUUACAACUACAAUAGUUGGCUGCAUUAAGAAUAUUUUAAUAACCUAUAUUGGGAUGUUUUUUGGAGGAGAUUAUAUUUUUACAUGGAUGAACUUCAUUGGUCUAAAUAUCAGUAUUGCUGGGAGCCUGGUGUACUCCUACAUCACCUUCAGCGAGGAGCAGCUGAGCAAGGAGCCGGACGCUGGCAGCAGGAUGGACACCAGAGGGAAGAGCUCGGUGUGAGCAGGGGGAGGCUGCUGGGCUUUGGCACCGACCUCUGCUGCUCGCCUGAUGCGGGCAGAGCGUGGGGAGCCUUGAUUUGCACAGCUGAGAUUGCUGCCUUCACAAAUCCUGGGGGAGAUCCACCCAGCCUGCGCGGGGUGGGGGGAGGAUGAGCCUAAUUAAGCCUGAUCGGGAGGAAUUAACGGGUUUCUAAUCAAGCCGGGAGUUGGCAGCGAGAGGGGCAGGGCAGGGCAGGGCUGGCAGUUCUGCUGCCAGGGUGUGCCAGGGCUGUCCCUGGCUGGGUCUGCUCCCUGGGAUCCCUGCCUCUGCAGAUCCCAGCGGGGUGGGAGGCUGGGCAGGCUCCGUGCCCAGCCCGCUCCCUCUGGAGCACGGGGAUGCCCUGGGAAUGCCUGGGGCUGCUCCUGGGCUGGGCCAAGACCUCCUGGAGGAAUGUUCACUCUCUCUGGACUUCACUUGUAGCUGUUUUCUGUUGGUUUUCUGUCUGUUUGGUCCUUUAAGCCACUUUCCCAGCUGGGUUUGCCCUCCUGGGUCUGUCAGAGCCCUGCAUCCACCUCUGUCUUGCCGAGGCUCGGCGACAUUCCCAGCAGGAAGGGUUUUCCUGCCCUGCUGAGCUCUGCAGCCUCCCUUGGAUCCAGCCUUGCCUUUGGGAAAGCUGCUGCCUUACGGGGAGAUCACCAGGGAGGAGCUGCUGGGAUCACAGGAGAGCCAAGGUUGUCCCACCUGGCACAGCACAUGCAGGGAAUCUGCAAGGGCUGCAGCCCCCACCCCUGCAAGAGGCACAAGGACUUGAAUCUUCUUUUUUGGCAACUACAGGGGCCCCAUAAUUCUUGUUUUCCACGGAAUGAAUCACCCUGGGUUUGUGACCCACUAAAAGAAAGGAAUUGUACAACACUGGGCAGUGUUCAGAGAUUUUUAAAGGUUGUCUUACUCAGCACCUCUUUCCAGGUCUCCUUGGGUUGUCUUUCGGGUUUAAAAGAAUUGUUUUUAAGCUUGGUUAAAAAACUUUUAGUAAAAUAAUGUAUUUAGAGAUUUUUGUACCCCAACAGCUUCUGUAGACACUGGCAGUGGGGUUUUUUUAGGAGAUAUUUGCUUAAACUGAACUGCUGUUGGGCAAAGCUGCAUUUGUUGGAGUUUACUGGAAGUUUUUGGAUGAGAAGAUUUUCCCUGAGGGUGCAGCUCCAGCCUGGUGUGCUGGGGAAGGUGUGGAGUGAGUCAGCAAUUCCAGAGCCACAAUCCCCCCUUUUUUUGUGGGAUUUUGUGGUCACUGCAGGGCAGUUGGGGUGUCCUGGAGUAGUCCCUCAGCACAUUCCCCCUCUGAGCACAGUAAAAAAAAAAUAUCCCUGAUUAUUUUGUCUCCCAAAAUUCCAGUGAAACCUCAGCUUUGUCCAGGGAAGGGAAGGUUACAAACCCUUCCUGGAGUGCAGAAGCUCCCCAGUCCCAGCCCAGAUGGGGCUGCUGGUCCCAGUUCUGGGUCUUUACUGGUCCCAGUUCUGGUUCUUUACUGGUCCCAGUUCUGGUUCUUUA